ACUGCAGCCUCCAGGAUGAGCAGUUCUCCCUGGUUUUCACCAUUGGCUCCUUCAUGAACAACUUCAUGACCUUCCCCAUGGGCUUCAUCUUCGACCGCUUCGGCACCACUGUCGCCCGUCUCAUUGCCAUCUCCCUCUACACUGGUGGGACCCUGCUCGUCGCCUUCUCCACCCCAGAGAUGGCAGUGCUGCUCUUCCCGGCCAUGUCCAUGCUAUCAGUGGGUGGCAUCCUCCUCAUCCUCACCAACAUGCAGGUAGGAAACCUCUUUGGGAAGUACCGCUCCAUCAUCAUCACCCUCUACAACGGAGCCUUUGACUCCUCCUCCGCCAUCUUUCUC